GCCAUUUUCGCCGAGACAGAGGAAUGGCUGACGCGGCUGCUGCCAAGCUCCAAGAAGCCACGAUCGCCGACAAGGCGGACCCGAAGCGCCAGCAGACGCGCUUGACCAAGGCCAGCGGCCCGUCGAUCACGGCCGAUGCCAACAAGAUUGGCGGCGCCUUCACGCUCGAGCCCAACCCGGCGUUCAUCCAGCGCCGCAUUGCUGUCUACGACCGCGUCAUGGCGGCGCAGAAGGAGCUCCUCGCGGCGCAGCCGCGCAAGCCCAUCAAGAUCACGCUGCCCGAUGGUACCGUCAAGGAGGGCGUGAGCUGGGAAACGACGCCCUUGGACAUUGCCAAGGGCAUCUCGCAGGGCUUGGCCGACUCGGUUGUGGUUGCCAAGGUCAAGUACGCUGGCAGCCCCAAUGACCCGCUCAAGGUCACGGCUGCCGAUGUUGAUGGCAACGAGAGCCAGGGUGCCGACUCGUGCUGCUGCUCGGGUGGCGACAUGAAGGAAGAGCUCUGGGAUGUCUUUCGCCCGUUGAUUGGCGACUGCAAGCUCCAGCUCCUCAAGUUUGAGGACCAGGAAGGCCGCAUGGUCUUUUGGCACUCGAGCGCGCACAUCCUCGGCGAGGGCCUCGAGCUCAUGAAGGGGUGCCACUUGACGAUCGGCCCCCCGGUCGAGGGUGGUUUCUACUACGACUCGUACAUGGGCGAAAACACGAUCGCGGAAGCCGAGCUCAAGGACAUUGAGAAGCGUGCGACCGCCGUCGUCAAGGAGAAGCAGGCCUUUGAGCGCAUCGUCUUGACCAAGGAAGAGGCGCUUGAGAUGUUUGCGGACAACGUCUUCAAGACGCAGAUCAUCUCGACCAAGAUCCCGGACGGCGGCCGCACGACGGCGUACCGCUGCGGCCCGCUCAUCGAUCUCUGCCGCGGCCCGCACGUGCCGCACACGGGCAAGAUCAAGGCGUUUGCGGUCACGCGCACGUCGAGCACCUACUGGCUCGGCAAGACGACCAACGAUACGCUCCAGCGCGUCUACGGCAUCAGUUUCCCGGACACCAAGCAGAUGAAGGAGUGGAAGCACUUCCAGGAAGAAGCGGCCAAGCGCGACCAUCGCAAGCUCGGUCUCCAAGAAGAGCUCUACUUUUUCCACCAGCUCUCGCCGGGCUGCUGCUUCUGGCUGCCGCACGGCGCGCGCAUCUACAUGAAGCUCCUCGAGUACAUCCGGUCCGAGUACCGCAAGCGCGGCUACCACGAGGUCAUCACGCCCAACGUCUUCAACAUGGACCUCUGGCACACGUCGGGCCAUGCGCAGCACUACAAAGACAACAUGUUUGUCUUCAACGUCGAAGGCCAGGAGUUUGCGAUGAAGCCGAUGAACUGCCCGUCGCACUGCCUCAUGUUCGACCACCGCAUGCGCUCGUACCGCGAGCUGCCGCUGCGCCUCGCCGACUGCGGCGUGCUCCACCGCAACGAGCUCUCGGGCGCACUCACGGGCCUCACGCGCGUGCGCCGCUUCCAGCAGGACGACGCGCACAUCUUUUGCCGCGAAGACCAGAUCACGACCGAAGUGCUGUCGUACCUCAACUUUAUGAAGGACGUGUACGACGUCUUUGGCCUCUCGUGCAAGCUCAAGCUCUCGACCAAGCCCGAGAAGGCGCUUGGCUCGGCCGAGCUCUGGGAGAAGGCCGAGGGCGCGCUCGCAUCGGCCAUGGACACGUUCAUUGGCGCCGGCAACUGGAGCGUGGACCCUGGUGAUGGCGCCUUCUACGGCCCCAAGAUCGACAUUACGGUCACGGACGCGCUUAACCGCAAGCACCAGUGCGCGACCGUGCAGCUCGACUUUCAGCUGCCGAUCCGGUUCGACCUCAAGUACCGCAGCGACGGCGGCGCGGACGGCUCGGAGCAGUUUGCGCGCCCGGUCAUGAUCCACCGCGCGAUUUACGGCUCGAUCGAGCGCUUCUGCGCCAUCAUUACCGAGCACUUUGCCGCCAAGUUCCCGUUCUGGCUGAGCCCGCGCCAAGUGCUUGUGGUCUCGGUCGGCGCCGCGUACAACGACUAUGCGCAUGCGGUCAAGGAAGAGCUCUUCUGCGCCGGGUACCACGUCGACGUCGACGACUCGAGCAAGACGCUCAACAAGAAGAUCCGCGAGGGCCAGAUGGCGCACUACAACUUUAUCUGCGUCGUCGGUGCGGACGAAGAGGCCAAGCACGCGGUCAACAUCCGCACGCGCGACAACAAGAUCCAUGGCACCAAGACCGUCGCCGACACGAUCGCGAUGUUUGACGAGCUCGUGCGCACCAAGGCCCGCGACGAAGAGGUCGAGGAGCCAAAGAAGGAGUCGCCCAAGGCCAAGAAGAACUAGGCGUGGCACGAACACAAAGAGCAGCUUGCUUUGCCAUUCC